ACCCUGCGACCGCCCAAGUACGUGUUCUGGAGCCACAAUCAAAAGCAGAUUGAUCACGCAGCUGUGAAUUCGAGGAUCACUGUGAAGACGAGUCCAGCAGCUACGCGAACUCACAGUCAGUUGGUGGUGCACAAUGCCCGAGGAGCUGACACAGGAAAUUACACCUGCGCCACUGUGGGUGCAGCAGAAGCUCACACUUACGUUUUUGUUGAAGAUGAUCGCACGAGUGCAGUGCAACAAAUAGCUGAUUCGAGCCACGAAUUCCGAUCGUCACUGCUGUCGUCAGCCGUCUUGCAGCUCGUCAUUGUCGCAUUCUGGCGAGCACUCGCCGGCGGUGUCGACUAACAGCUUGGCAUCUUCUUCGACACUGUCGAUCGUGUCGUUUCGAAAGUUGGCAGUUGCUUUGAUGAUGUUGUUGAUGAUGAUGACGAUGAUGAUGAUGAUUCCACUGCUGAUGACGUCGAGGUUGCACUGAAAAGGGAAACAAAAAGGAGAGAAAAACGGAGACCCGAACGAAAACCUUUUCAAGCUCAUGAAAGCAGGGUCGAAUUCCGUUUCCGGGACGCGAUGCAGAUUUCAUCGAAUUUUUUAUAGCUUUCUUUUUUUUUCAAUCUGUGUUUUACAUUCCUUUCAAAGCUGAUUAUCUCUUGAGCAGCGCCUCAAGUUUUCCUUGGUUCCUGCAAAUCUGUGAUGCCUGAGUAUUGAAUGAUUUUCAUUUGACAGCUGAGAAUUUCGGAAGAGGAAAAGGAUCUCGUAACCCGGUCAAAUAGGUGACUUGGUUUCAAGUCCUGCUAGUCGAAGGGUGUUCAUUGAAACCAGAGAAUUCGAUCUCGAGACGUCGACGCAAAAAGAAAAAAUCGUUUCUUUUUUUUCAAAGAGUGUAUGUGUAACAUUCCUCGGAAAUUUGUUUUGAGAAGUGUAUAUUUUAAGAAAGGGCAAGAAGUCACCUGGCUGGUGUUGAGCAAGUUUCCAUUGAUUAUCGCCAGGUCGUUUUUUUUUUCUACCAGAAAAUAUGAAUUGAAGAGCGAAAAGAAAACCCGUGCAACGAAAGCUGUCCCAACAUCUUGCUGAAAAUGUGUGAAAAAAAACACAGAAAGAAACAAAGAAAAAUAAGACAACAUCUGCGAGACAGGUUUCUCAACCCGAGCAAAAUUGCAAAGUUUCAAGUCGAGCUUUACUGACUCUCAACAAAAAAAAGGUCUCGCAAACUAGAAAAAAGAAAAUUUGGGUCUACGUAUUUUUUUCGUCCGCAAAAUGUUUGUUUUUAUGCGGUCUUGGAAUAUUUGUGUGUUUUUUGUUGAGAAAGAAUGUGAGUUGUGUGUGACAAGUUCUUGUUUUUUCUCUCCGAAGGAAAAAGGCGCGUCGCGUGAAAACCCUUUGUUUUAGCAGCAGGAUCGAGACGUGCAAAAAAAAAUUAUGAACUUGCGGAGAACGAAGGCGAAGAAAGUUUUUGUUUGUGUGUGCUGAGGAUGGGAUGAAGAAAUAAAAUACAGGUUUGACGAUUUCAGAGCAAAAAAAAA